CGGGGUUUCCUAGUGAAGCGAACACACGGCGUCAUGGCGGAGGCCGGCUGUCGGAGGACUGUGGACUGAAAUGCCAACCGUUUACAAUCAUAUUUGACCACCGAGUUGUGGACUUGCUUCUGUUGGAAAGAGAGGAGAGGACUGUAGUUGAUUAUUCCGUGGACGGAGAAGAGCGGUUGCGGCUCGGGGCUGCUCUCCCUGACCGGGAGCUAGCUAGCUAACGUCAAAGACGUGGACGAUAAUACUUGAGAUUAUUUGGCAGAAGUCUACAUUUUGGACUUCAGCAUGGCUGGAUGCAGCAAGGAGGAAAGUGUAAGCAACAGCAGCAGAGAGUCAAGUAAUUCUGAUGAUGAAUCUGGUUCUGGAUCUGGUUCGGCAUCUGGAUCCAGCUCGGGCUCCAGUUCCAGCUCUUCCAGCAGCAGCAGCCAAUCAGGGAGCAGUGAGUCAGGAAGUGGAUCAGAAUCUGGCAGCCAGUCAGACUCUGAUGCCGAGAAAACCAAGGAAAAGAAUGAAACCUCAAACAAGUCAAACAUUGACGGAGCAGAGUUCUGGAAGUCUAACCCAAGUAUCCUAGCGGUGCAAAGAUCUGCUAUGCUCAGGAAACAGCAACUCCAACAGCAGCAACAACAACAGCAACAAAGCUCUUCCAAUAGUGGAUCUGAUGAGGACUCGUCAAGUAGUGAUGAAUCUGAUUCAUCAAGUGGAUCUAGGAGGAGAAGAAACACAGGCUCCUCAGACUCUGGAUCAGGUUCAGGAUCUGGGACUGGUUCUGGAUCAGACUCGUCAGCGGAGGACAACAGCGACCAGACAGUAUCCGACUAUGAGCCCAGCCACAAAAUCAUAAGCAAAAAACCUCCUACCAAGAUGAAUUUUCGAAAUGGGAAGAAAAGUAGCUUACAGAGGAAAAGAACCCAGAAGAGCUCUUCUUCUGACGAUGACGAUUAUCAGAAGGAGCUGUCAGCAGGGCUACGGCGGCAGGCCACCGUCAACAUCAGCUACAAGGAAGCUGAGGAGCAGAAGACAGACUCUGAUGACCUGGUGGAAGUACUUGGUGAGGAUGUUCCACAACCUGAAGAAGAAGAAUUUGAAACACUGGAGAGGGUGAUGGAAAGCCGGAUAGGAAGAAAAAGAGCAACGGGGAGCGCUACCACUGUAUACGCUGUGGAAGCAGACGGAGACCCCAAUGGUAGCUUCAAUCCAAGCAUAGAGGCUGGUGAGAUCCAGUAUUUCAUUAAGUGGAAGAACUGGGCCCACAUCCACAACACCUGGGAGACGGAGGAGACACUGAAGUUACAGAAUGUCAGAGGGAUGAAGAAACUGGACAAUUUCAAGAAGAAGGAACAAGACAAAAAGAAAUGGUUGAAGGCUGCAUCCCCAGAAGAUGUGGAGUAUUUUAACUGCCAGGAAGAACUCAUUGGUGACCUGCACUCCCAGUAUCAACUUGUAGAAAGAAUUAUAGGACAUUCAAACCAGAAAUCGGCAGCUGGUUACCCAGACUACCUGUGCAAGUGGCAGGGUUUGCCAUAUUCUGAGUGCAGCUGGGAGGAUGGUGCUCUGAUUGCUAAGAAGUUUCAGAAAUGCAUUGAUGACUACAUGAGCAGAAACCACUCCAAGACCAUUCCAUCUAGAGACUGCAAGGUGCUGAAACAGAGACCCAGGUUUGUGCCCAUGAAGAAUCAACCAGCCUACAUAGGAGGUGAUGGGCUGGAGCUCCGAGACUACCAGCUGGACAGUUUGAACUGGAUGGCUCACUCCUGGUGCAAAGGCAACAGUUGCAUCCUCGCUGAUGAGAUGGGAUUAGGAAAGACCAUCCAGACCAUCUCCUUCCUCAACUAUCUGUUUAAUGACCACCAGCUGUACGGGCCGUUCUUGCUAGUGGUGCCCCUGUCUACACUAACCUCCUGGCAGAGAGAAAUCCAGCUCUGGGCACCUCAGAUGAACGUUGUGGUCUACCUGGGAGACAUCAGCAGCAGGAACAUGAUCAGAACACAUGAAUGGAUGCACAUCCACAACAAGAGGCUAAAAUUUAACAUCCUCCUCACAACAUACGAGAUCCUCCUCAAAGACAAGUCAUUUUUAGGCAGUGUGAACUGGGCUUUCAUUGGUGUGGAUGAAGCUCACCGCCUGAAGAAUGACGAUUCGCUCCUUUACAAGACGAUGAUGGAGUUCAAGUCCAAUCACAGGCUGCUGAUCACAGGAACCCCGCUGCAGAACUCACUCAAAGAGCUCUGGUCCCUGCUGCACUUCAUUAUGCCCGAAAAAUUUCACUCGUGGGAGCUAUUUGAGGACGAGCAUGGUAAAGGACGUGACUCUGGCUACACCAGUCUACACAAGGAGCUAGAACCUUUUCUGCUGCGCCGAGUCAAGAAGGACGUGGAGAAGUCUCUGCCUGCCAAAGUGGAGCAGAUCCUCCGAGUGGAGAUGAGUGCUAUUCAAAAACAGUAUUACAAGUGGAUCUUAACCAGAAAUUAUAAAGCUCUGAGUAAAGGUACAAAGGGCAGCACAUCAGGGUUUCUGAACAUCAUGAUGGAGUUGAAGAAGUGUUGUAACCACUGCUACCUGAUCAAACCACCAGACGACAGUGAAAUCUACAAUAAAGCUGACACUUUGCAGCAACUGAUCCGCAGCAGUGGGAAACUGGUUUUACUGGACAAGCUUCUGAUUCGCUUGAAGGAGCGUGGCCACAGAGUUCUCAUCUUCUCCCAGAUGGUCCGGAUGCUGGACAUCCUGGCUGAAUAUUUGAGGAGCCGACAGUUUCUCUUCCAGCGGUUAGAUGGCUCCAUCAAAGGUGAGAUGAGGAAGCAGGCAUUGGAUCAUUUUAAUGCCGACGGUUCAGAGGACUUCUGUUUCUUGCUAUCAACCCGUGCUGGAGGUCUUGGUAUCAACCUGGCUUCAGCGGAUACAGUUGUCAUCUUUGACUCGGAUUGGAACCCCCAGAAUGACCUACAAGCACAGGCCAGAGCGCAUCGAAUUGGACAGAAGAGACAGGUGAACAUCUACCGUCUGGUUACUAAGGGGUCAGUGGAAGAAGACAUCAUUGAGAGGGCGAAAAAGAAGAUGGUGUUGGACCACCUCGUCAUUCAGAGGAUGGACACCACAGGGAAAACUGUCCUCCACACGGGCGCUGCCCCCUCCAGUUCAGCACCAUUUAAUAAGGAGGAGCUGUCUGCCAUCUUGAAGUUUGGUGCUGAGGAGCUUUUCAAAGAGCCAGAGGGUGAAGAACAGGAGCCUCAGGAAAUGGACAUUGAUGAGAUCCUCAAACGAGCUGAGACCAGGGAGAAUGAUCCGGGACCUUCCACUGUGGGAGAAGAGCUGCUGUCUCAGUUCAAGGUGGCCAACUUCUCCAUGAUGGAUGAUGAGGAAAUGGAAAUCAACUCUGAGCGCAGCCAUCGGAGCUGGGACAACAUCAUUCCUGAGGAGCAAAGGAGGAGGAUCGAAGAGGAGGAAAGACAAAAAGAGUUGGAGGAAAUCUACAUGUUGCCACGCAUGAGGAAUUGUGCAAAGCAGAUAAGCUUUAAUGCUCACAGCAGCCGGUUGAGCCGGAACAGAAGAUACUCGGGGUCCGAUAGUGACUCCACUUCAGACAGAAAGAGGCCAAAGAAACGCGGACGACCUCGGACCAUUCCACGAGAAAAUAUCAAAGGGUUCAGUGAUGCUGAGAUCCGAAGAUUCGUCAAAAGUUAUAAAAAGUUUGGGGGACCACUAGAAAGGUUGGAUGCUAUCGCUCGUGACGCAGAACUUGUGGAUAAGUCGGAAUACGACUUGAAACGUUUGGCAGAGACGGUUCAUAACGGUUGUUUGAGAACGCUUCGGGAAAACCCCUGUGGGCCUGAAAGGAGCUCAGGAGGCAGGAGAGGGAAGGUGAAAGGCCCCACCUUCAGAAUCUCUGGUGUCCAGGUGAACGCCAAACUUGUUAUUUCCCAUGAAGAAGAGCUAGCUCCACUCCACAAGGCUAUUCCUGCUGACCCAGAGGAGAGAAAAAAGUACAUGAUUCCUUGUCACUCGAAGGCAGCACAUUUUGAUAUUGAGUGGGGGAAAGAGGACGACUCCAGCCUCCUCAUUGGAAUCUACGAGUAUGGAUAUGGCAGCUGGGAAAUGAUCAAGAUGGACCCUGACCUCAACCUCACACACAAGCUUCUGCCCGAUGACCCUGACAAGAAGCCACAGGCCAAGCAGCUCCAGACGAGAGCAGACUACCUCAUCAAGUUACUAAGCAAGGACUUGGCCAGAAAAGAAGCACAGAAACAAGCGGGCACAGCCAACUCACGAAAGAGGAAACCGAGGAGCAAAAAGAGCAAAACUGUGAAGCCAACAAAGACAGAAGUGUUGAGGAGUCCAUCUGUAGAUCCUCUAUCAGACACAAGGUCGGACAACGAUGAGGAGGAGGAAGAGGAGGACGAGGAGGAGGAAGAAGAAGAAGAAGAGGAGGAGGAGGAGAUAGACGAAAAGGAUGUGACACCAGUGAAGCUGCCAAGCCGAAGGGCCCGAACAGACAGGGUGAUGGAGAAGGAGCCUGAGCAGGAGGAGGUUUCUUCACCAGGGGAGAGGGACCUAAAAGUAACAGAGAUCAAAAGAGAAAUAAAGGAGGAUGAUGGUUGGGAUGUGACAAAAGAAGCAAAGCCACCGGAACCUGUACACAAACAAGAGGACAUCUUGGAAAAAAAUGAUGCGGUUGAGAUGCGAGAACGGAUUAAAAAAGAUGCUGAUAUUCCAGUUCACAUAACGGCUAGCGGAGAAAACGUACUGCUGUUGGAGGAGUCUGAGGAACUGGACCAGAAGACCUUCAGUGUGUGCAAAGAGAGGAUGCGACCAGUGAAAGCAGCUCUGAAGCAGCUGGACAGACCAGAGAAAGGGCUGUCUGAGCGGGAACAGCUGGAACAUACAAGACAAUGCCUUAUCAAAAUUGGUGAUCACAUCACUGAAUGUCUGAAAGAGUAUUCAAAUCCUGACCAGACCAAACACUGGAGGAAAAACUUGUGGAUAUUUGUUUCCAAGUUCACAGAGUUUGACGCACGAAAAUUACAUAAACUCUAUAAACAUGCAAUCAAGAAGAGACAAGAGAACACCCAGGCGGUGGACCAGAACACUAGAAAUACAAACAUCCACAGCUACAAACACGCAGAUAUUGAGAGGCUAAAGGACAUGUCUCAUCACGACGACAGCAGCAGAGACAGCUACAGCUCAGACCGGCAUCAGCCUUCCAACAGAUACCAUGAAAGCAGCACAAAGGAGAGACACAGCACAGAGCAACACAGAAAGACCACAGGAGGAGAGUCCAGGAAAAGACCCUAUUCCACCUUCAGCAACGGCAAAGACCACAGAGAUCACUACAGGCCGGACAGCAGGGACAGAGACAGACAAGACAGGUACUACAGUGACGUUAAGCACAGGAAGCUGGAGGAGCUCCACUCCAGCAGAGAUCACAGGCCGGAUGUGAAGGACUAUGCCCACUCAGACCACCGUUCUUCCUACCGCUAUCACUCAGACUGGCACGCGGAGCAGCGAGCCUCCGCCAGCGGGCCUCGCUCGCCCAGAGACCAGCGCUCACCCUACGACUCGCGCUCACCAUUGGGACACCGCUCACCUUUCGACUAUUCCUCAGACCACAAGAGCACACCCGAGCAGGUCUGGAGUAGCCGAAAAACAUAACAGGAGGUGUGGGGGUGGCCACAGACUCACCAGCACAGCAGAUGCCUUACAGGGACUGAGGACGCGACGCUCCGGCUGCGUGACGCGCCAGGUCCCGCCAGGUCAGCGUGGCUGCUGAUUCCAGUUUCAGCAUGCGGCGAACUGAGAGGAAGAAAGCAGGCAGCAGAUUCAAACAGAAACAAAGCAGCUUAUUUUUGUAUUUAAGAGUUUAAAGCUGCAUCGUUGUGAAGGUGUAACAGCAUGCAGCACACGGUUAUUUUUGUUUUAUUUUUUUUUAUAAAGUCUGACUUUUUAGACCUCUGGAACCCAUCGACCCUGAGUGCUGCCUCCCUCCACUGACCCUCGACACUGGAUGCUCCGACUGUUCCGUUUGUCCGUACCGUCUCUCCGUCAGGUUCAACGUGUCUAUUUAAAAGUUCAUCUCUGAAUCACGUCUGAAGGAAGGCUAUGUGGUCAAAUCCCGUCUUGAGCUCAGGCUCAUCACCUCAAGUACCUCAUUUACAGCUUUUCUAAUUAAAUCAUGAGCUUUUUGUUUUGUUUUUUUUUGCCACCAUUAAUUAUUUAAUAACAUCUUAGCUGUAAAAAUGUCUGAGCUUCGUUUUUGUUUUGUUUUUUCUACCUUUAAGCGACAGCGUUGUAAAUGAUGUAAUAUAGAAAAUCAGUGGUCUCCUUCCUCAGGCUUUUUGAAUUUAUUGACUCUUUUUUUUCCCCCCAUGAACUCAGGCUUUUUUUUUUCUUUUUUUCUUUUUUGUCUUUACACAAGUGAGUUUCUCUGUAAUGAUGCUUUCAGAAUGUCACUUUUGGUAAAGAACGAAUUCUAACGAUACAGUUUUAUUCAGGAGUGAUUUUUGCUUCCAUUUUAAAUCUGUGAACUGAGAGCAAGUCGACUUCUGAAGUCAGUUUCUCAAACAGUUACCUUACACGUAGCCUGUUAAAUCCAAAAUAGAGUUAUGUAAUGUUUCUCUCACUUUUUCUUUUUUUCUUUUCUACGUAGGCAAUAAUGUUGAUGUUCUAUGCAGCCAAGUAUUUUCUGGUGAACCAUCCAACUGAAUGAAGUCACUGUUACGGUUCACUCUGUUGUACAUACAUUUCUUCUAUAUUUCAAAAGAAAUUUACACUGAAAGCGCAUGAAUUUUUAUGGACUGUUUUAUAUAGUUGUUUAUGAAGCCAUUAAAAAUCAAUCGCUGUAUUCACUCGUA